AUGACAGACAUGGGAAUGCAAGAGAAAUUCUCCGGGCAAGCCUCCCGAGACGAUGAUCACGCCCAGUAUCCCGAUCAACGCCAGGAACAGACCGACAGUGCAGAACCAGAAAAGCCACCUCCCAACGGAGGUCUGAAUUCGUGGCUCAAUGUGGCGGCGGCCUUCUGUGUUUUUGUCAACACCUGGGGGUUAAUCACCACAUUUGGUGCGUUUCAGGAGUACUAUCGAACCGUAUUGCUGCGCGACCAAUCCUCCUCGGCGAUCUCAUGGAUUGGUAGCAUUCAAGCCACUCUGAUCCCCAUGGUGGGAAUGGUCACGGGGCCACUGGUUGACGCCGGAUAUCUGCGUAUACUAAUCUUGUCUGGCAGUUUUCUCAUCGUAUUUGGCAUGAUGAUGACAAGUCUAGCGACAGAGUACUAUCAGGUACUGCUAUCACAAGCCUUUUGUACGGGUUUAGGUGGAGGAGUCUCCUACAUCCCCGCCAUGGUGGUGUUAUCCUCCUCAUUUACGACGAAACGAGCAGUGGCAGUCGGCUGUGCAUCAAUCGGGUCCAGCGUUGGCAGUGUCAUCUUCCCGAUUAUGUUUCGUCGCCUGCAGCCGAUGAUUGGAUUUCCUUGGGCAGUUCGCUGCAUAGGGUUCAUCAAUCUAUUCAUGGCCAUCAUCGCGUGCUCGAUCCUAUGCCGCCAUCCGGGCAAGAAAACCCGUGCGCGAAGUCUAGUUGAGUGGAGAGCUCUGAAACAACCAACUUUCAUGCUCCUAUCGGUAUCCCUUACCUGCGUCAUGCUCGCCUACUACGUUCCGAUUUUCUACGUUGCCACCUACGCACGGGUGAAACUGAACACGGAAACGAACCUGUCUUUCUACCUCGUGUCCAUCAUCAAUGGAGCCUCGGCAUUCGGACGAACCGUCCCUUACCUGUUGGGCUCUCGUAUCAACACCAUGUUCGUCCUGAUCUCGUGCACCGCUGCAUCGGCAGUCGCCAUGUACACCUGGAUUGCAACCAGCAAUACGGCGGGAUUCAUUGUCUGGGCCUGUUAUUGGGGUUUCUUGAGUGGGGUCCUGGUCACCGCACCGACCUCAAUCGUUGCGCACCCUGUUUUCACUCCGGACAAGAACUACCUCGGGACUCGCAUGGGCAUGAUGUGGGGAAUCAGUUCCUUCGGAGCGUUGGCCGGGGCCCCCAUUGCGGGAGCCUUGGUCGAUCUUGAACAUAAGAACUUUGUUCGGGCCCAGGUGUUUGCCGGGAGUCUGAUGGUGGGGGCUGUGCUGCUACAAAUGUGGCCGACUAUUACUGCACUUCGGUACGAUCGUAAUAAAGAUCGAGAGGCCAAGCAAUAA